CAACAACCAACAACAGCAUCAAUCCCACAAUGAAGAUCACCACCACCAACAUCGCCACCUUUGGUAUGGUCCUGCUUCAAUCAGCCGCCGCGCAAAACAUGUCUUAUGGCGCCAACAACUUCUACCGCAGCGACAAUGUCACGAUCUGGCCAAUCUCCUUCCCUACAAUCUACCACACCACCAUCGCAGCCAACCUCUUCCUCCCAGAUACCUUAGAUCGCAGCACCAACCACUCCGCCAUCAUCGUCAGCCACCCCAUGGGCGCAGUGAAAGAACAAAGCGCCAAUCUCUACGCUACAAAGAUGGCCGAACAGGGGUUCAUCGCCGUCUCCAUCGACUUGCCUUCUUAUGGAGGAAGUCAAGGUCUCCCCCUCAACAACGUAAACCCAGACAUGUAUGCCGAAGCCAUCAGUGCUGCGGUCGACUACCUCGGUCUCCAAUCCUACGUCGACCGCAGACGCAUAGGCGCAAUAGGUAUCUGCGGAUCCGGCAGUUUCGUCAUCAGCGCUGCAAAAAUAGACCCGAGGAUUUCCGCAGUGGCUACGUCAAGCAUGUACGACAUGGGCGCCGUCAACCGUGAUGGACUGGAAAAUUCCCAAAACUUGCAACAGCGUAAAGAACUCAUCGCACAAGCGGCAGGACAACGCUGGAUAGAAGCUGCAGGAGGGGAAGUGGAAUAUAAUCUGGGCACCCCUUUGCGAUUAACCAGUUCCUCCAGUGCAGUCGAUGCAGAGUUUUAUGAUUUCUAUCGUACUUCUCGUGGUGAAGUUACUCCUCCUGGUUCAGCUCCUAAUAUCACAACCGCACGCACGACAACUAGCAAUAUCAAGUUCAUGAACUUCUACCCCUUUAACGACAUCGAAACUAUUUCGCCUAGACCCAUGUUGUUCAUUGCUGGCGAUAUUGCUCACUCCCGCGAAUUCAGCGCUGAUGCAUAUGCGCGUGCUGCGGAACCGAAGGAAAUCAUUUGGGUUCCUGGUGCUGGUCAUGCUGAUUUGUAUGAUCGCGUGGAUUUGAUUCCUUUCUCUAGGUUGUUUGAGUUCUUCCGCACAAGUCUGCCUUCCCAGUAAGCGUAUAUUCGACUUGUGAGGAUGGGAGUGGUAACACAAGGGGAUACAAAUUCUGAGAGACAAUCACAGUAGCGGUAGACACGGUGUACAAGUCAGAAGCAUGCAGGAA